AUGACUGCUAUCUUCCUGAUAUCCAUGCUUUUUGGCCUUGUAUGUGGGCAAGCAACGUCUUUUUGUAUUCCAACUGAGUAUAUGAUGCAUGUUGAAAGGAAAGAGUGUGAUUAUUGCCUAACCAUCAACACCACCAUCUGUGCCGGAUAUUGUAUGACACGGGAUAUCAAUGGCAAGCAGUUUCUUCCCAAAUAUGCUCUGUCCCAGGAUGUUUGUACAUAUAGAGACUUCAUAUACAAGACUGUAGAGAUACCAGGAUGCCCACGCCAUGUUAGUCCUUAUUUCUCCUUCCCUAUAGCUAUAAGCUGUAAGUGUGGCAAGUGCAAUACUGACUAUAGUGACUGUGUACAUGAGAUCAGCAAGACCAACUACUGUACCAAACCUCAGCAGUCCUAUAUGGUGGGAGUUUCUAUCUAA